AAUUCCUUUCCACUCCCUGUGUCUUCCCAUUUAUGUACCAGGAGGCGAUCUACUACAGGUGCACCUCCAUCCACAGCGACUAUGCCUGGUGUUCCCUGGACUCAGAGUUUCGAGGCCGGUGGCGGUACUGCACAAGGAACGGUUACACACUGGAGCACCUGAGAGCAAUGCAGAAUUUUGUGUUUAAGGAUGAAGACGUCUUAACGCUGUCAUUCCCCAAAUCAGGAAUUUCCUCCCAGGUUCCCGGCUAUCCCUGCCACUUCCCAUUCAGCUAGAACAAGGAUUAUUUUAACUGCACUAGCAAAGGGUCCAAGGAGAACCUUUCCUGGUGUGCAACCUCUUACAACCAUGACCAGGACGGCACCUGGGUGUAUUGCUGA